CAUCACAACCGAACGGGCGUUCGAGCCGGGAGCAACUGGUGAACAUCGUGCGUAGUAUCGGCGCAUACGCAACGAACGCAAAAGUCGUCCGGCGAGUCCAGGCCGGUGAAUCGUAUUUUCGGGAUAUCGAGUGAGUGAUAUCGAGUAAAGGAGGGUCGAAAAUGGUGUCCGGCGGCAUGGCGUGCGUCAAGUAUCUGCUGUUCCUCUUCAACCUGAUAUUCGCGAUCACCGGGAUCGUGUUCAUGUCGGUGGGAGCGAUCAUUCUUGUGAUGUAUCAAGGCUACAGCAAUUUCGUCGACAAUUGGUUCUUCGCUGCGCCUGUGUUAAUGAUCGUCGUGGGCAUUAUUGUCUUCCUUGUGUCAUUCUUCGGAUGCUGCGGGGCAGUGAAGGAAAACCACUGCAUGAUAAUAACGUUCUCCGUGUUACUGCUGUUGAUAUUCGCUCUGGAAUUGGGAGCUGGAAUUUCUGGAUACAUGAUGCGAGGUGAAGUUGGAACGAUGCUACAGCGACGCAUGAACGCUACCAUGCCAGAAUACUCCACCAAUAUGGAAGUUCGCCAUUCCUGGAACAUUGUGCAACAUGACCUUAUCUGCUGCGGCAUGAGGGGUCCCGAAGAUUGGGCAGAUAAUGGAUUCUCCAGUAACAGUUUACCCGAUACCUGCUGUCCCGAGAUUACGAGCCCCAACUCCUGCACCACCAACUCGGUCGGCUUUUAUCACGAGGGCUGCAUCGAUAAGAUGAAAUUUGCCAUAGAGCACAACGGCGUUAUCAUUGGAGGCGUUGUUAUAGGAAUUGCUCUGAUCCAGCUGAUUGGUGUCAUCUUUGCGUGCUGUUUGGCACGUUCGAUUCGCCGCGAGUACGAGACUGUGUAAGCUGACGAAUAAGAAUUUUCAUUGCAACUAUGCAUAUAACAUGCACUUCUGUCUACCUUUGUUGGUAUUUUUGUUUCUCCGCCGACACUCUUCUGUCACGCAAGCCGUACACUUUCUUCGUACAUUGUUCCAUAUAACCGUUGAACCUGUGGUCUAUGCACAAUUGCACAUAAAGUGUCUACUCCUUUCGUUGCUCGUCCUAUCUCACAGCUUGUAUAAAUUACACAGACCUGUUAAUCCGACAAUGCGCGUGGCGGGAACGACUUAACGAAUGUUGACAAGUUUACCUUUCUUUUGGUAUCCGCAAAUUCGAGAGCAUUUAGUAAUCCGCGUCAACUGCGCUCUGUCGAUUUAAGCGCAAUUACGUGUUACACUUGCAAAAGACGAAAGGCGGAUUUGCGUGCAAACAACAGACUCACGGCAUCAUCGUCUGCCCGCUAAAUGUCACUUUGCUUUUCGUAUUUGACGUAUGCGCGUAUUUCGUAAAAGCCGUAAAGGAGUGCGCGUUUUGAUGGCGCGUAGAUUACGUCAUUGAUUAUAGAUCACUUCGGAAAGGGAAUAAUGGCGAACAGUUAUAGGGCAGUAAUAGCCACCGAUAGAGAAUAGAUUUGAUCAUUUCUCUUCUAUAUCUAACGUUUUUAACGUGUCUAUCUGACCCGUGCCGAAGACGCGCAUCUUUUUACGGAAUCUUCUGUUCGGCUGUUCGUGCGGAUGUAAUUGUCGAGCCAUGAUGAUUUGUACGUGCAGAUCGCAACAUUGAAGAUCGAUUAUUAUUCGUUUUUUCGAACAGGCAAAUCUGUUUAGCUGAAAAUUAUUUUACCAACUACGUCCCGAUCUGUACAGUAAAGCGCUUUUUCGACACGUUUGAUCGACUGGUUUGAAUCGUUUAUGAGCUCCACUUAACAUAAUUUUAGUAUUUAUCAACCGCGAGACUAGAUGUCAAAAUACUUUGGAUUGACAUUGCUUAAUCUUAGGUGAACAUGUUGAUGUUAAGUAUAUCAUAUACCCAGACAGCACAACGAUGACUAAACGAUAUCUGAAUGAUGGCGAAUUUUCCGAAAAGUUAUCAUAUGGUUAUAGCAUACAAUCGACGAAAAGAUGUCUUAUGCACCGGAUUUUGGCGUCUUUAAGUCAAAAUUAAAAGAUAACAGAAUUCAGACAUCAUUUCUUUCAGGCUUAUAUUUGAUACUUUUUCGUCUACUUUGAAAGAUAGUAAAAGCGCUUUCCAAUUCAUUCGACUGGCUCGCGACGCUUAUUAAAGUGAAAAAAAAUGUGCAAGUGAUUCGCCGAUGUUACGCGCUCAAUGGAAAAUGCGACUUUACGUGUACACGCAUAGGCAAACGGUGAUUACGGUAAUCGUGGAUGCGAAAGGGAGAGGAAAGCUUUGCUUCGUAUCCGUACCGACUGAGUACAUCGCAUGCGCCGAACUCGCACUAUCUUUAAUUAAGAAUGGUUUUUCUCGAGGCUCCGUCGUAACUCUGCGUAAUUUUUCGGGCAGGCACGAUCAAUGAUCGAUUACUCCCGAUCGCGGCCGUACACGCGGGGCUGGAAACUUGGUCGAUUUCCGUGGUGACGGGCGGUCCCUUUUUGAUACCAUUUUUAUUUCCUAAAGCUGCCACCGCUCGGUGCUACGGUAGGAUAAGGUUCUAUCGUACGUAACCUCACACUUUGCUUCCAAAUGCUUAACCCACGUUGAAGAUACUGGAUCUCUAUUGCAUAAGGGAAAUCGAGGGAAGGCGCGAAAAGUGAGCAUCUCACGGUAUUAUGGAGAUUUAAAAUAAAAUUGAUUUUUUCGACUUUCUAUCCAAAACCAGAGCCCUUAAUCUAUAAGAACGACUUGCGCAGAGUAUACGUUUAAUUUAAGAUUUUCACUAUUUAUAUAAUAUUAGGAAAGUAUUCCGUUGUUUUGUAUAUUGUAAAAUUUACGUAGCGUUACGCAGAAUAUUUGAUUAGCCUCAAUGUCAUAACAGAAUAUAUAUAUAUAUAUUCGUAUAUGAUUUCAUAUACGCGUCGAGGUAACGAGUAACGGUGUGUUACGGUAAGGACUAUAUUGUUAGGUACUAGAAUUGGUUAAUUGGUGUAAUGUAUGUUUACAUUGAUUUGAACAAUAGUUGAAAGCAAUGAAACGAGGAAAUUUAACGGAAUUAAUGUCACAAAGUUUUUGGAGCGUCAUUUUUGCUCUUCGCCGGCUUCUUCGUUGUUUUAUACGUAUUUUGGCUUGAUUUUUUCGUACUGCCUCUGCACUAUCUGUACUCUGUCGUCUUUGCGUUAAGUCAAGAUUCAUGUGUCGAGCUCACGUCGACGCGAUAAGUGAUAUGAACAUUUUUCCUUACAGCGAAACAACGGCGCAUUGAUCGGAUGCCGGUUAGGGGGCACGUUUCAUAAUGUGUAUUGUCCAUCAUGCAUUAGUAGAGAGAUAUUUGUAGGUUUCAUUAACGAGCGUAGCCAUCUUUAAUGUGCUUAUAUGGAUGUCUAGUAAGGAAAAAAUGAGAUUAACGAGAGAAAGAUGAUAGGAGAGAGAAUAUUAACGCGAAGAGGAUCAAUACGACGACACUCUGCAACUCCAAGAAACGGUACGGAUUGCGAAAACCAAAUCCAAAAGGUUGGAUUCAAUUCACCACAUGACUUGGACUUGAUUGCUGUAAACAAACUUGAAACAAAUUUGGAAACCAAUCUUGUGACUUUGUACAGAAAGAUAACAUUUAUUUACAAUCGGAAUUUCCCAGGAUUUCCCGGUCUAAACAAAUGUUAUUUGGAUGUAGCAGAUUGCCGAACUGCGUCCAAUGAGAAUGAUCACUCAAGGAAGAAAAAAGAUUUGUCCGGAUAUCCGUUUAAAACCAAUAAGGGGUUCAGCAUAUUUCAAACCAACAUAUUUUGGCUCUCCAAACAAGCUCAAUUCUGAAACAAAAUCGAAUUAAUUUAUCGAUA